CGUUGUACUAAACGGAGGAAAUGUUAUUUUUCUUGUACGUGUAAUUACUAAGACUAAUAAUCAUCCAAUAUAAAAACCAUCUAGCGAGAAAUUCAAUAUAUAUGUGUCGAUAUUCAAAGCUACCUAGCUAGCUUUCACUUAACAAUCCCGGAAGAAAUGAAGAGCUCGCCAAGCUUUACAUUGUUCUUUUUUCUGCUUAUAGCACUGUUUGAACCAAACUUUUUAACUUCCACGGCACAAAAUGUCUCUUCUAAUCCAGUGAUUGACACUACCGGCGAGUCACUCCACCACGGUAACAUUUAUUACAUCUUGCCAGCGGCAGGCGGUGAAAGCAGCAAUGGUGGCGGUGGAAUCACACUACAGAUCGGCAGAAACAACAGCUGUCCGUAUGAGAUUGUACAAACAUCGGAGAAGAACUCAAAUGGUCUCCCCUUGAGCUUCUCACCGGUCACAAAUGACAAUCUAAUCCGGGUAGACACCGAUCUAAAUAUCAAGUUCGUCAACAAUACUCAAGUGGGUUUUCCGGUAACAUGUCCUCAAUCAAGCGUGUGGAGGAUUAACUCAACCGGGAGUAAUCCGGUUUUCGUUACUACCGGUGGAGUUGAAGGGAACCCUAGUCUUCAAACGUUGCCGAAUUGGUUCAAGAUUCAAAAGUUUGAAGAUGGCUACCAAAUUCAAUAUUGCCCGAGUGCUUCAUUGUGUGGGAAGAACCCUUGUGGCGUCUUACUUCUUUGUGAAAAUGUUGGUGUGUUUGUGGAUGAUAAUGGAGCAAGACGCUUGGCAUUAAACCAAGCACCGUUCAAGAUGGUGUUUAAAAGGGCUUAGAGAAUUCGUAUAAUAUUUAUAAUAUGUAGUCACCAAUUGUAGUUCGAGUAAAUAAAAUGGUCCACCAGAUGAUGAUGUUGCCUUAGCUAUAUCAUGAUUCAUGAAUAAUAUCCUUAGGUUCCUAUUUAAUGUAAUCCAUCGAAAGAGUAAAAAUGUGGGUAAUAAUAUAAUAAAUUUAUGAGUACUUAGAUGUGGUGUCUUACUCUCUUUCAACAUUCUUUUAUUUACAAAACCAAACUGCCAUAAUCAUUCUUACACAGACAAUGAAAAAGUAAGAUGGCAC